AGCAGUAGCUGCCACACAAGUCUUAGUGCGAGGAGUAGCCGCAGCAGCUGCAGCAGGGUGGUUGGUCAUGGGUGAAAGCAGUGUCCUCAAAGGCCGGCAUUACUUGCAGCUUUUCAUCCUGGCCCUUCUCUUUAUGUUUGCCAUAUUCACCCGGAAGAGCAUCUGGAUCUACUAUACCGUCUUCAUCAUUUUUGCAGGGAUGAUCUUCAUCGUCGACAUCCUUUUUCAAGAUUUUCAAUUUGUCUAUGACCCCGACCCAAACAAUUGGCGUCGAAAGACAGACCCCCAAGAUUAAAUUAUCUUCAUGAGGCGUGUGAGGAAUUGCAGAGGGUAGAGAAGCAACAAAUGUGAUCAAGAGGCAGUUUGGGGGCUUACGUGAAGCAAGAAAAAAACUUUUUCACCGAUGGAGAGGAAAUGUGUAUUUUGACGGAAUGGCGAUCGAGAAGGUCGACGAAGCAAUGGGAAAAGGGGCUGCGCUUCACGGCCCUUUCUUUUCGGUGCAAGGGCACACCAUGGCACAGAUAAGGGUUAAUUCUAUUUUAUCCUGGACCGGAAUUGGUUGCAGAAUGAAAGAUGACGGGUACAAAUUCCUAGGCCCUGCGCUUCCGGCUAUCGAAAAAGUGAAAAGAAAAUAAUUGGACGCGUGCUUUACUCGUUUGGCGCGAUGAGGAUUCAGAGUCGACGGAAAGAGCAUGUAGGCUCUCACGAGUAUGUUCGACCUCGCACAGUGUAUGCAUGCAUGCCUUUUGUUGUAAAAUACUCGCCA